GCAUUCUGCAGAGCGAGGAACGGACUGGGCAGCACCCGAUCCUUUCCUGCCAGCGAGCAAACCCCAGCCUUACCUUCGGGCUGCCUGAGAGCGGCUCCUGCUGCUCUGCGCCCUCGCCUGGCCCGGCCGGGCGGCCCACGAGCCGGGCACCAGCCCCUCCUGGCAGCACCGGCGGCAGGAGGAGGCGUUUCCGUGACCAUUGCAAACACCCCUCCCAGCCAGACCCGCCCUGGUGCCGCGGCCACCGGGCCCAGCAGCGCUCUGGGCUGAGCAGGGGGAGGGACGGGCUGGCAGCACCGGCCUUGGCCCUGGACUAGGAGGGGCCGCAGGAUGAAGAUGGACUGGCUAACUCAGCGCUGCCAGCUGCCGGCCGCCCAGAGCUGCGCCCGUCCGGGAUGCUUCACUUUGCUGCUGGUAAUAACUCUGUCUUUACUGAUGUACCCCGUGCUGAAGAGUCUAAGUCUUCAGCUGCACUCCACAGUCACUGGCAGCUAUAUCUCGGGAACCCAUUCCAUUGCUUUCAUUAACUGUCCCAAUGAACAAGUUGCAAAGGAUAUUGCAAGGGCCAUUAUGGAUAAAAAGCUGGCUGCCUGCGUGAAUAUCCUGCCGAAGGCCUCGUCUAUGUAUUUUUGGAAAGGGGAAAUAGAAGAAGCCACUGAAAUACUUCUAUUAGUGAAAACAAGGACGUCAAAAAUAAGUGAAUUAUCAGACUACAUCAGAUCCCUGCAUCCUUUUGAGAUUCCUGAAUUUAUCAGCCUGCCUAUAGACCAAGGAAACCCCCUCUAUUUAAAAUGGAUUGAAGAAGGUGUCCCCGAUGACUAGCUGGAAUGCACCAUUCUGUCCUUCUCCAGACACACCCAGUGUUUCCUUCCUGCCGGGGUAGAGGACAUUUGCUUUGGUGCUCUAGUCUUCUCUCACUGCAGGCAGGACUGGUGCAUACAUACCGAAGGGUGAUAAAACCCCAAGGGAAUGUAGGUAGCACAAGUGCCUGGGAUUUGGAAUUUGACUCCUACUUGAAAUACAGUUUAACGGACACUCCUCAUUUGUGUAAACCUACAUUCUACUGAGCAUUUAGCCACACAUCGUAAGUGGAGCCUGAAGCGGAGAAAGGGCACGUGUUGUCCAAGAAUAGUUCCAAAGUUGUGAACAGCAGAGGUGUUGCAAAGGUGUGUGUGGUGGGAUGUGAGCUCCUAGGGAGACUAUGGCUAUUUAUAGGACCAGAGGGUUAAAAUGCACAUGAUAGGGCCCCAGCAACACCGUCCACGGAGAAGGACCAGAGUUCCAGGCCACGGGCUGUCAGGGGUUGGUGGCACUGCAGAGGAAGCAUACGCAGCCCCAGUGACGGUGAGCAGGGGUGACCAUUGGUCUCCCUGCCCCCUGAAGAAGGGUUGCGGCAAAGUAGGGGAACCAAAGACGGGGAAGGUCCUGCUGAGCCCUCUGCCCCGCCUGCCCAAAUGAACAUAAAUCGGGAUGCAGCAAAACAUCCCAUGAUGCACCAGCUCACAUCAUCUACUGCUGUGUAGCACCGUUUGCAGCAACAUGGUGCUCUGUACCCUGAGCGGGCAGCCGAGGCAGUUCACAAACAGCCAGCCAUUCAGAGUGCUGCCCACCGAGCAUUUGUGAAAGGAUCCCAGGCAGCGCAAACAAGGACCCCCUGGGGUGGGACUGGGGGACGCAGCUGACAAUAGCCUACUGCUUCUGGGAAGAGCACAAACAGUGGAUGCUCCCCAGAGCAUAUAGCGAUGCCUAAAGGCAGCAGGGAUCCAGUGCAGGCCCGUGCCAACAUUGCCAGGCUAAGGAGACAAAACUGACAUACCUGGUCCCAACAAAACUUCCCUCUGACUAAAGCAAACGCUUUCUCCCUUGACAGCAUGUAACACUGCAAACAGAGGCACAGGCUUGUAAAUUAUGGAGCACUGUGUAGUAAUUGAUGUGCCCAAGACAUUAAUAAACAGACGCGUUUCUUACUCCUGA